GAUGCUUCCGCGUCUUCCGCUUUCCGUGGCCGCCUGCAGCGUUUCAUUCCGGGCAUAAAACCGAGUCCUGCGCCGCCUCCUCCGAACCGCCGUUCCUCCGCUCCACAUAGCCGGCUCCCAGGCGCCUCACACGGAUACGCACCUCCACAGACCCCGUAGAUCCUCCGUUAACCCACCGUAGACCGGAGCUCCGCGGACAUGCUCAGGCUACUGCUCCUCGCCGCUCUUGCAGCUCUCUCCUCGGCCAGUGAUGUGCUGGAGUUCACCGAUGAUGACUUCGAUAGCCGCAUCGGGGACCACGACCUCAUCCUCGUGGAGUUCUUCGCUCCGUGGUGCGGUCACUGUAAACGUCUGGCCCCAGAGUACGAAGCAGCCGCCACUCGACUCAAAGGGGUUGUGGCUCUGGCAAAGGUGGACUGCACAGCCAACAGUAACACCUGCUCUAAAUACGGAGUGAACGGCUAUCCCACCUUAAAGAUCUUCAGAGACGGAGAGGAGACUGGACCCUACGAUGGACCCAGGUCUGCAGACGGCAUCGUGAGCUUCCUGAAGAAACAGGCCGGUCCUGCAUCUGUGGAACUCAAAUCUGAGGAAGAUCUGGACAAAUACAUCUCUGACCAGGAUGCCAGUGUCAUCGGCUUCUUCUCAGACUCCUCGUCCUCAGCUCAGGCAGAGUUUCUGAAAGCUGCCAGCGCUCUAAGAGAGAGCUACCGAUUCGCUCACACCAAUGAGGCAGGUCUGAUCGCAGCCAAUGGAGAGGGCGUGGUGCUGUUCCGUCCAAAGAAACUGCAGAACAAGUUUGAAGAAUCCACCGUGAAAUUCAGUGAAGAAAAGUUCACCAGCAACAAACUCAAGAAGUUCAUCCAGGACAAUAUUUUCGGGCUGUGUCCUCACAUGACGGAUGAUAACAAAGACCAGCUGAAGGGGCGGGACCUAUGCGUGGCCUAUUAUGAUGUGGACUAUGCAAAGAACCCCAAGGGCUCCAACUACUGGAGAAACAGAGUGAUGAAGGUGGCAAAGGGCUUCCUGGAUGAGGGGCGCAGCCUGAACUUCGCUGUGGCCAAUAAGAACACGUUCAUGCAUGAUCUGUCAGAGUUUGGAUUGGACGGCAGCAGUGGAGAGCUCCCCCUGGUGGCCAUCAGAACAGCUCGCGGUGACAAAUAUGUCAUGACCGAAGAAUUCUCUCGUGACGGUAAAGCUCUGGAGAGUUUCCUGCAGGAUUAUUUUGAUGGAAAACUGAAACGUUACCUGAAGUCUGAGCCCAUCCCUGAGGACAACACCGGACCCGUCAAAGUUUUGGUGGCAGAAAACUUUGACUCAAUCGUGAAUGACGACUCUAAAGACGUUCUCAUUGAGUUCUAUGCUCCAUGGUGCGGCCACUGCAAGAACCUGGAGCCCAAGUACACCGAGCUCGGAGAGAAGUUGUCGUCUGAUCCAAAUGUGAUCAUUGCCAAAAUGGACGCCACAGCAAACGACGUGCCAUCGCCGUAUGAAGUCAGCGGUUUCCCCACAAUUUAUUUCUCUCCAGCCGGACAGAAGAACAGCCCCAAAAAAUACAAUGGUGGUCGGGAAGUGAGCGACUUCAUCUCAUACCUCAAACGUGAAGCGUCCAAUCCCCUGGUUUUGCCCGACGAGCCCAAGAAGAAGAAAAAGAAGUCUGAGCUAUAAAAACUACAAAAAUGUCCUCUGAAAAAACUACAAGCCCAAUAACUUCCUGCUCCGCAGCCCUGCCCACAACGUGACAAAGGGGCGAGACACAAACUGAAAUCAUCCACUAAAAAAAGCUCUGAAGACGAACAUGUUCCAAUCAGAACUGAGCCCAAACCCGAGACCCGGAAUCUGCGCGGCGACAGCAGGAAGAAAUGCUUUUUUUUAACCAAUGGGGGGCGGGCCUUAGCAGAAGAGAUUAGCUCUGAUUGGUUGGUGGCACUGAGUUCACUGGGAUUCUUUUGUUUUGUAAAAUGUCUUUUCGUUUUUGUACAUUUGGAAGAUUGUGAAAUAAAAAGGCCCACAAAACCAA